CUACUAAUAUCACACUAAAGUCAAAGUUAUAAAAAUCUAAUGUUAAAAACGUAACCUUAUAAAUUCGAACAGACUAGCAGAGGAUGAACUAAAGUAAUCGGAGAAUCGGAGUAAACAAAAAAGGCCUUGCAGGAACUUGUAUUAAACAAAAUACAAAAGAUCAAUUUAUUAAUCUGUUAAAUCUUCUUUCUAAUCCGUCAAAACGAAGAAAACAUUGGAGACGCGUGAAGAAGGCCCUCGACGGACCACGCGUCGGCGUAGAAAAAAGCAUGACGACCUUGACCGUGAUAAUCCUCCUCGUGAUACAACUCAUGAUUCCCUAUCGGCUCCUAAUAUUGACGUCUCUGAUCCUCCUGCAAUUCCUGGACCUUCCAUAAGUGCUCCUUCCACUGCUACCGUUCCCUUCUCUUCUAUAAAUACCGCUACCUCCUCAACCGCUGAAACUCCCUCUCUUAUUACUGGAACUUUAACGACUUCUAGAGCUACUUUACAGAGACUUAGCAACAUAAAUGAGGAGAUCUGGCUGCAGCUUGGAAGACUGGCAGAGCAGAUGAAUGAAUAUGAGAGGGCUAUGACGAGUUAUGAAUGUGUAUUAAGACAUAAUCCAUACUCGGUGACGGCGAUGAUACAAAUAGGAAAUAUUCUUCAAGCGAAUGAGCAAUAUCAGAGGGCAGCAGAGUUUUUCCAAUCGGUAUUGAAUGUGGAUCAGGAGAAUGGGGAGAUAUGGAGUUCAUUAGGGCAUUGUUAUUUGAUGAUGGAUGAUCUGCAGAAGACGUAUACGGUAUAUCAGCAGGCGUUGUAUCAUAUGCAAAAUGCGAAAGAUGCGAGACUUUGGUAUGGAAUUGGGGUAUUUUAUGAAAGAUAUGGGUCAUUGGAGUAUGCGGAAGAGGCGUUUUCGCAUACGAUCCAGAUGGAUCCAUUUUUUGAAAAAGCGAAUGAGAUCUAUUUUCGAUUGGGGGUUAUAUAUAGACAACAGCAUAAAUAUGCACAAAGUCUUGAAUGUUUCCGAUAUAUUCUGCAGAAUCCGCCGAAGCCACUUACGAAGACGGAAGUAUGGUUUCAAAUAGGACAAGUGUAUGAGCAACAAAAAGAAUAUAAAAUGGCGAAAGAUGUAUAUGAGCAUAUUUUGUCAGAAAAUCCGGAGCAUGCGAAGGUACUUCAACAAUUGGGAUGGCUUUGUCAUCAGCCCAAUACGUCAUUUACGAAUCAGGAUCAUGCAGUUCAAUAUCUUACGAAAUCUCUUGAAAUAGAUAGCCAUGAUGUUCAAACAUGGUAUUUUCUUGGACGAUGUUAUAUGGCUCAGCAAAAAUAUAAUAAGGCUUACGAAGCGUAUCAGCAGGCUGUUUAUCGUGAUGGAAGAAAUCCUACUUUUUGGUGCUCAAUUGGUGUAUUAUACUAUCAAAUCAAUCAAUUCCGAGAUGCACUUGAUGCAUAUUCACGCGCAAUCCGCUUAAAUCCAUAUAUAUCUGAAGUUUGGUAUGAUUUGGGUACAUUGUAUGAGUCUUGUAAUAAUCAAAUUGGCGAUGCAUUGAAUGCAUACCAACGUGCUGCUGAGCUCGAUCCUAACAAUCCACAUAUUAAAAGUCGUCUUCAAUAUUUGCGUAAUGGAAAAGCUUCUGGAUCUCAUCAUACAAGUGCACUUCCACAUCCUCAAGAUAUUAAUCCUUCUAAUUGUCAAAAUUCCAAUCUUCCAGCAGAAAUAUUGGCACAAUGGUCCAAGUCUCCACAUUCUUCUGCACAUGUAUCUUCGGUUGCAAAUGACGACAUGGGAAAACUGCCUCUAUUACGCCCUCGUUCUAAUGAAAUUGAUUCUCCUUUACCAGCGCAAAUUUCAGAUGUUUCGAAAAAAUCUUUCAUGUCUGUUACAUCAAAUGAACGUCAUGGACAGCAUACUCUUUCUCCAACAAGUUAUCAUCAUAUUCAUUCAAAUCCUUAUGAUCAUGAACGACCAAACCAUCCUAAUCAUUCACAUCAUACACCCGUAUAUCCUCCUCAACCCUCAUUAGAAUCACAUAAUGGAUCACAUCCUGUUUAUCAUUUAGCGUGUCCUGGAAAUGUAACGGAAGAAUCGUCGCAUACAUCUAUUCAUUCUAAUACAUUUAAUACAAAUCAUGAUAUGAAGCACUUGAUGAAUAAUCCGCCUAACUCUCAUUUGUCCUAUACAAAUCAUUCCAAAUCUUCAAAACAGUCUCUAGAAUCCAUCAUUCAUCAUGACACAAAAGAAGCUUGGGAGACAACCAAAAGGCAAAGAGAAUGGGAUGAAAAAAAUGAAGUGUAUGAACAAAAAAAGACUAGUUCCUUAAAAAUCGGGACGAAGGAAACAUCUUAUGAAAAAACUAGCGAAAAAAAAGAAUCAUAUACACAUAGUUCAUUUAGUAGGAAGGUCUCAAAAGAAUCUUUAAAAGUUAAAGAAUUAGAAUCCAAGGAAUUGCCUAAGAGUUCUAAGUAUGGGUCAUCAGGUACUCAAAAGAAUUCUUCGUCAACAUUUUCAUCUAUCUCACCUGUUUCUAAAUCUUUAGAAUCGCUUGAAACUGAUAAUUCAAAUCAAUUGAUCAAUAAUUCUACAAAAAAUAAUACUGAAUUCGCCAAAUCAAAUAAUAUAACUGAAGUUCCUAACAAUGGUAAUAUCGAUGUAGAUGGAAUCAAAGAUCCUAUUUCAAAAAAUGAAUGGUCAGGUUCAGAAAAUACACAAAAAAUUGAAUUAACCGUUAGAAAAAUCAAUAUUAAUGAAAAUUAUGAUAAUGAUGAUGAAUAAUUUUUUAUAGUUAGUAUGCUUCUUUUACAUUUAUAUGUAAUAUAGA